AUGAAAAAGCACAACAGUCGGCAGAGUAGGCAUAUUCUUAAGCCAUCAAUACUACAAUCAGACCUCAAUUAUACUUUACUUUGCAAUGGUUUUUUGCGGACAGUCGGGUGUCCGGAGAGCCGGAAACUUACGGAUACACUGGUGAGGAAUACCAUCAAAAAUCUAGUGAUAGUUCUCAACACAUACACAGCUUAUGUGGUGUUUCACUACGAAUGUGGUUCUGCGCUGCGCUUCCUUGUUAUCACAUCCCUUACUAUCACUUCAAUUGUUCACCAAUUCUUAUAUCAAUAUUCUAGUCCCAUCAAAAAUCUAGUGAUAGGUUUGGACACCGAAAUGGUUAACGAAAACGGGAAGAAAUGCUGUCGAAUACUAUUAGUGGGACAAUGUAUGUAUGCCGGUGUGGGGAAGACAUCACUCAUCUUCUCGCUGGUGAGCGAAGAGUUUCCCGAAGAAGUGCCCGCAAAGGCCGAAGAGAUCACAAUACCGGCUGACGUGACCCCCGAACGCAUCUCCACUCAAAUCGUCGAUUAUUCCGCUCAGGAACAGAGUGUUGACGUUCUUCUACAAGAGAUACGUAAAGCAAAUGUCAUUUGCGUUGUCUAUGCUGUCGAUGACGACGACACCAUCGAUAAGAUUACUAGUUAUUGGUUGCCAUUAAUUCGCGAUGAAUUGGGCGAAGAGCACAGCACUCCUGUAGUAUUAGUCGGAAAUAAAGCAGAUUUAGUCGAUUAUAGUUCACUAGAAGUGGUUCUUCCGAUUAUGAAUCAGUUCUAU